AUGGUGGUGGUGCCUGCAUGGAGAAGUGGGUGCAAGUUCUCGCCGGAGGAAGAGCGGAUUGUGAUCGACUUGCAGGCGCGGUUCGGGAACAAGUGGGCGAGGAUCGCGACGUAUCUGCCGGGGAGGACAGAUAAUGAUGUGAAGAAUUUCUGGAGCACCAGGCAGAAGAGGCUGGCGAGGAUCCUGCGAGCGCCUCUGCCGUCCAAGCCGAAUAAGAAUCAUGGGAAGGUGCCCAUCUCUUCUCAUGAAGUGUCCAAUUUUGAGGGUCACUCCUUGGAUCUGAUUUUGUUUGAGGGAGAUUCUUCCAAUGGCCAAUGCUGCCAGGAUGCAUCAAAGAUUACUCAAAUGCCAGAUAUCAUGAGCCCAGUUCCACUCGACAUCGAGACAGCCUUGCCCCUGCUCGAACCAGCCAUGGAGAAGGAGCAGUGCCUGUCGAACACCCUUCCGCCGCCCCAUCUGCCAUUUGAGCAUCUCCCACACUCGCUUCUUGACCUUCCAGUCCUGCCUGAGGACCCACCUGAACUCUUAACAGCCUUCGGGGAUGUGAACUUCCCAGGUGUUCAUGCUUGCCCAGAGCUCUGUCCAUGCAUGGCGCCACCUGAGGGGCUACCGUUCUUCGGGCUAGAAGCCGGACACAGCGGCAUCAGGAGGGUCGACGGGCACCCGGGAACGCCUGAUAUCUUUGAUGACCUCCCAGCAGACAUGUUCGACUACCUCGAGCUGCCGCCAGCACCGGCUUCAUCUACAUCAUGCUAG